GCUGCGUCCAGGCUCGGCCUGGGGAAGGCCACGUCCCUCUCGGAGCGCCUGGCGGCGGACACUGUCUUCGUCGGAACCGUGGGAACCGUGGGGAGGCUGAGAAACGGCCCCCGCGUUCGAAAUCUGCGUGGGCACGCUGGGAAGAAGGCCCCAGGGGGGAAGCCCAAGAGGGACCCCGCUGGGGAGGGUGCGUCUGUCCCAGAGGAAGAGGAACAGAAGGCGGAGAAGGAUGCAGGGGCAGGGACCCCGGCGACGGAUGGCAGCAUGGAUACGCUGGAGACGGUCCAGCAGAAGCUGGAGACCAUGAACGCCCAGGCCGACAGGGCCUACCUUCGCCUCUCGCGCAAGUUUGGGCAGUUGCGGCUGCACCACUUAGAGCGCAGGAACCUCCUCAUCCAGAGCGUCCCGGGCUUCUGGGGGCAGGCUUUGCAGAACCACCCCCAGCUCUCAUCCUUCCUGAACAGCAAAGAUAAAGAAGUGCUCAGCUACUUGAACAGCCUGGAGGUGGAAGAGCUUGGCCUCGCCAGGCUGGGCUACAAAAUCAAGUUCUACUUCGAGCGCAACCCCUAUUUCCAAAACAAGGUGCUCAUCAAGGAAUAUGGGUGUGGCCCUUCAGGCCAGGUGGUGUCUCGUUCGACUCCAAUCCAGUGGCUCCCAGGACACGAUCUCCAGUCCCUAAGCCAGGGGAGCCCAGACAACAGCCCUAGCUUCUUCGGGUGGUUUUCAAACCACACCUCUAUUGAGUCUGACAAGAUUGUUGAGAUUAUCAAUGAGGAGCUGUGGCCCAAUCCCCUGCAGUACUACCUUAUGAGUGAAGGGGCCCGAGCCGAGAAAGGAAAGGAGGGCAGGCCAGGCGCCGCGAAGCAGCCGGUGGAGACCCCCGAGCCUGGGGCCAAGAAGCCCAAGUAAUCUGCACAAGUCUCCCUACUACCUCCUGCUGGACCACAGGUGUGGGGCUGUCUGCCUUCUCUCCCUGUCGGCCUCUGUGCACUCUUUUCCCUUGGAACUCCAGUGACAAGAAUAUGGCACUGAGGAUCGUGUUCUUUUGCCUCCCCGUGGCCUUGCUUUUUUUACGUUAGUGUCACAGGUUAUAUGAUCUCACGCCUGUUUUUUAUCUGUGAGGCACACAUGCUUCAGACGUGUGCUGCCUUUAUCUAUGUGCCUGCGCCCUGUUCUUGGCUCUGGCCUUUCCUGCCCGUCUUUAACAUGGACAUUCACGAGGCAUUCUCCACGAGGACCAGUGCACCCUUAAGCUCUGCUCCUUCAGAGCCUUUGACGGUAGCGGGCUUUGUAUUCAUGGUGGCCAUGCAUACCAUAGAUGGCAAGAUUGCUACUAGGAAAGGAAGCUAGUGCACACGGUACUGGCCAUCAGCCAGAACUGAUUGUUCAAUGUCCCUGGAGUCACUGGCCCAGGCACCACCCACAGGAUCUCUGGCUUUGGACAAGGGUCCAUGCUAUCCUGCAGGAUGUGCAGCGCACUGGCCCUUGACUGCUGGGCACGGAUGAGGUUAAGGGUGAGAAGCAGUAUGGCUUGUGUUCCAUUCCAGUGUGUGUCUCCUCCUGCCCCUGGGCCCUUCCCCUGGUGAACAUUCAUCAAGCUCUGCGCCGCGCCUCAUUCAUGGCAGGCCAUUGAAUUUUGUCUAGGUUGUUAUCGGCCCUGAUUGGCUUCCCGUUCAACAAGGACCUCAAGAACUCCCUGUGGACGCAGCCCCCCUGCCAGUGCCUGAGACACACGCCUACCUUCCACGGCUGGGGCCUUCCAAGAACCCUGUUUGGCUGUCAGACUGAUGGGUGGGCUGGUAUGUGUGGACACAUGCUUGCUGCCAUUAUGCUAUGGCUCCAAAUGAGGGUGGGGACUGGACUCAUAGAAUCUAGGUACCUUUUUCAACUCUAUGUAACAUUCAGUGUAUCACAUGUGACCAGAAUGCUAUAGUGGGAUUGCUGGGGAAAAGGUAUUUCUGCUAUGUGAGCCUGUGUCUACUUCAUUUCACACCUCCACAUUUUCUUACUUGCUUUUCCUUCUUUGCCACUACCUUUGACUACCCAUAGAAAUAGGCUUCAGUCUCCAGUGUAGGGGAAUCCCAAGACUCUCUCUUGGGGUAUGGAGACGGGGGUGGGCAGACUCUGUCCUGGGCCUCCAAGACUGAUUUCCGCUGGGUGUAAAAGCUGAGCGGGGCCCUCUGUGCCCAGGCUUCUCUGUGUUCUCUUCCCCCCUCUCGUCCUUAAGGGUGGGGAGAUAGGACUGUGUCUAUACUUACCCUCCCCCUCACUUCCCUUUCCUUAUGGAAGACCUCAUUCUGAGUUCUGUGAGGGCUGUGGAGGCCUUGACUUAGAGUUGUAGAGAGGGUAUGCUAGGCAGGGGAGCUGGAGCAAAAAUACAGUAAAGGAAUGAGUCUUGUAUGGAAUGGGCCUGGAAAAGUAGGUCGAAAUGGCUUAAGAAAGCUCAGGGAGAAUAUGCCUACCUCUCAGGAUGGAGGGGACAUGGAGGGACUUUCCCAAGGGUGGGGAUGGUAGAAUUAAAGCGAUUGCUGGCAAAUACAUGGUAACAGGAUGCAUCCACUACAGGCGAGGAUAUGCCCCAAGUUUUAUCCAGUCUUUAUUUCAACAUUAGUACAUUUUGUAAGAGGAAAACAAAAACAGAAAGAUGUUACUUUGGAUGCUUUCUUUUUUGUUCUAGGUGUAGCCUCAUGUACGUGGAAGAUUAAUGCUAUAUGCUGCUUAUUUUGCCUCAAAGUAAAAUCUCACCAUGGUCCUCAUUUUUGCCUAAUGGGAAAAUAGAGCCGUAUAGGUCUGCUUUUUAUUUCUUUUAAACUUUCUGCUCUUUAUUAUGGACAUUUUCAGACAUGCACAGAAGUUAAGAAGGUGGUCCAUGGACCCUCUGCACCUAUCACCUAGCUACAUUAAUUAUUAACUUAUGACCAAUCUGUUUUCAUCUGUGUCUCCCUCUUCCUGCCUGUAUUGUUUAUCAGAAGUCCAAGACACUGUGCAAUUCAACUGUGACUACUUUGGGAGGUUGGGAGGGAGUUGGUGGUGAUAGUGGUGGGGUACACAUCAGGCCUGCUUUUUGCUCUUAAUGUCUACUAAUGAAGUUCCAGAGAUAGGCCUUAGAAUUGCAGGUCUUCAGAAUUAACAAGAAAUCUCAAAAAGAGAUGAAGGGGAUGCUCCCUUUCCCCUGCAUCCACAAAAGGAGACAGGGACUGUUCUGUUCAAACUCUUUCAGAAACUGAUAGGAUGUGGUGCUUACUUGACACCUGUCACCAGAAUAUUAGUCUUUCUUUCCUGUGUAAGACGGAGACUCGUGUAACUGUUAGAAUUGUUAUCAUCUUGACCUGGUCUCAUAACUCCAGUCUUGGAAGUAUAAUUUGGAAACUGUUGCUGUGUUCUGUGAAAAUAACCUCCCAACAGCAAUCAGUAACUGGCUGUCUUACUUGCUAAUUUGACACCCUGGUAAUAAUGCAAUUAUUUCUUUGUUCCUAGACAGUAUAAAUAGUUAUAAACUUGCAUGCAUGAUGGAAAAAUAAAAACCUAUAUCUCUGUUA